AGGAGGCCAUCUUAGCAGAGGAAGAACAAAGAGCGAGAGAGGCGAGUCCAGUGACAGCAGGACAGUGUGGUAACACCACUCUUUGUAACAUCAAGCCAUGUCCGACUCCGAGAAACAACCGGAGACAAAGCCGGCCGUAGCCGAAAAAAAGAUUCUGGCUGAAAAGGUCACCGGCACGGUGAAGUGGUUCAACGUGAAGAACGGAUAUGGCUUCAUAAAUAGAGAAGACACCAAAGAUGACGUGUUUGUCCAUCAGACUGCCAUCAUCAAGAACAAUCCUAGAAAAUAUCUGAGGAGUCUGGGUGAUGGUGAAACGGUCGAAUUUGACGUUGUUGAAGGCGAAAAGGGAAAUGAAGCCGCCAACGUCACGGGACCGGAGGGUGCCAAUGUUCAAGGUAGCAAGUAUGCGGCGGAUCGGCGUCGGUUCAGGAGGCGCUGGUACCCAAGGGGAGGCCGGGGUGGAGGUCGUGGAGGCCGCAGCAGUGGACAGAGUGAGGAAGAGGAGGAUGAGAAAGAUGAGGCUGCAGGUGACAAUGAGCAGAGAGCCCCACGACGUCGGCCAUAUUGGCGUAACCGUGGUUACUACCGGGGCCCACCUCGCAGAGGCCCUCCGCGGGGAAAUCGGGACAGCCAAGGGGAAGAAGGGGAUGAUCAGCAGGUUCAGGGUCAAGACCAAGGUCCUCCUCGUCGAGGUGGAAGACGCCGCCCUAAUUAUCAACGGUACUACGGCCGUCCAAGGCGCUUCCAAGGUGGUGGAGGCUACCAAAACCAGGGCAACUACAGUGGCCCACCACGGGGAGGCGGACAGGAUGGGGGACCUCCCAGACGACGAAGACCUCGCAACUACAAUCGUAAGCGAAAGGAUGGUGAAAAUGAAGAUGGUGAGAAGAAAGACAACACCUCGCAGGAUGGAGGUGAAACCAAAGCAGAAAAAGUCCCAGCCGAGUCUGCUCCAGCUGCUGAGAACACUUCAACAGAAGAUUAAUUUAAAUUUUAGCCUGUCUCCCCAGUUUCCCAUCCAAUAAGUUGUUGGCCUGGCCCCCUUGGACAGCCCUGUUACAAACUGAUGAAACACCAAUGUACAUUAAUAGACUGUGAGGUUGAUUUUGAAGAUCUUUUUUGGCUAUGUCCCAGACUAAAAUUUCAAAUAACAUCCUAGCAUUGGCCCCUGGUGGAAUGACUGGACAAAUGAACGAACUGACGGACGUGCAGAUACAUGUCUUUAUAAACUAUGCAUUCUGGACUAGACGUACAUCGGUCAGUCCACGUUCCACGUACUGCCACUAAAAAAAAGCAAAACAAAAAAGAGUAAAUUUUCAUGAAGUAUGUCACAAGUAUUUGUCCAAUGCUGCUUAUUUUUGCACUACUGCCUCUACUUUAUUUUUGCAGUUUAAAUGUAAUGUGGCAAUUUUUAAAUCUUUGUAAGCAACACCCAGUUUUUUGCCUAAUUGGUUUUUAGAGUUUUGUGUGAACUCUAAGAUUCUUUCAGUUGCUGGCGAUGGAAUCGAAGCUGGAAGAGUUUUUGUAGAACAUUUUGGCAUGCCCUUUUAUGUUUUCACCAGUACAAACUUUGGUAAAGUUGAACUGCUGUGCAAAAGAGCAAUGUUCCAGCUCAGAUUAUCAACAAUUUGUUUGAGCAUUUGCAUUGAAUAAACCAUCUUGACAAUCUU